CUCUCAGGCCAAAAUGAGUGACUUCUCAAACAGCACUUACGCCAGCAAUGACAGCCACAGCCCUUACCGCUGCCAGUUUGACGAGGAUUUUAAGUACAUCCUGCUGCCGGUGAGCUAUGGGCUGGUGUUUGUGGUGGGCCUGAUCCUGAAUGUCGUGACUCUCUACGUCAUCAUGGUCCGCACACGGAGCUGGAAGUCCAGCACCAUCUACAUGUUCAACCUGACGGUGUGCGACACGCUCUACAUCCUGACGCUGCCCUUCCUCGUCUACUACUACGCCGACGAGAACGACUGGCCCUUUGGCGAGUUUCUGUGCAAGCUGAUCCGCUUCCUCUUCUACACCAACCUCUACGGCAGCAUCCUCUUCCUCUGCUGCAUCAGCCUGCACCGUUUCCUAGGCAUCUGCUACCCGGUGCACUCGCUGCGCUGGAUGAGUGCCCGGCGCGCGCGGCUAGUGUCUGCGGGUGUGUGGUUGGUCGUGGUGGUCUUUCAGGCGCCUGUGCUCUACUUCUCGCGCACGCGCGACGCCGGGUCGGAGCGCACCUGCUACGACACCACCAGCGAGGAUCUCUUCGACGACUUCAUGGUGUACAGCACGGCCGUGUCGGUGCUGCUGUUCGCGCUGCCCUUCAUGGUGCUGAUGGUGUGCUACGGGCUCAUGGUGCGGAAGCUUCUGGAACCAGCCCGGAUAGGGGCCGGUCCAGGCUCUGAGCGCUACAAGCAGAAGUCGGUGAAGAUGAUCAUCAUUGUGCUGGCGGUCUUCAUGCUCUGCUUCCUGCCCUUCCACCUCACACGCAGCCUCUACUACAGCUUCCGCUACCUGGAUGACAAGAUCAGCUGUAGCCAGCUAGAGGCCUCCAGUAUUGCCUAUAAGGUGACCCGGCCGCUGGCCAGCGCCAACAGCUGUCUGGACCCUGUCCUGUACUUUAUGGCCGGACAAGGCUUCCGUAGAAACCUCACCAAAAGGACCAAAUCCAGACAGCCGGAGAAAGUCAAAACACUAUCCACUCCGCUUUGAUGCUCGCCAAAGGCCUGCUGGGAAGGCCUCAGUAGAUGAGAUAUAAGGACUGGGCUGUGGAUGCAUCAGACUAGGAAGACAUGCACAGCGAGCUGAAGCACUUACACUUGCAGAUGCAAAACAUGAAGCAAUUUAGAGGCCAUCUUGUUAGAUAUUUGUAGAAUCGUUACAAUGUAUCAGUUGUUGGCAUUUUGUUUGUACAAUGACUAAUGCUAGAUUUAUAGUCGUCCGUUUGGAUGGAGACGGACACAUAGCCACGCCUUGGCAACACCCUUCCCCGUGGUGGAACGCCCAU